AGGUGAAGAGGAGAAGAGGAGAAGAGGAGGCUUGUGACCCGCAGCGGAGCUCGGAGCACCGGGCAGGAGGCAUGGGCUGCACCCAGAGCAAGAAGAAAAGCAAAGGAAAGAAAGGAGAGAAGACCAGCCAGCACCACAAAGCUGAGCCAGAUGUGUGUCUCCAGAAGCAGCUGGAGCGGUUUGAGUGGCAGCUGAGGAUCCUGAAGGAGACCAAUGGGAACCCGGCGAGGGCGGAGCUCCUGAGGGAGCACGCUGACGAGGAGGUGUGCUCCCUGGUCAUCAGCAUCCUCAACCAGGUGAAAAGUGAGACGACGGCUGAUUUAAACGUUCUGCACGAAGAGAAAAAUAAAACUGCUGCUGAAGAACACGAGAAACACCUGGAAGAGCUGCAGAAUAAACAGGAAGAAGAGAAAACUCAGCUGACAGAAAAGUUUCAGGCUGCUGAAAACCUCCUGAAGGGUGAAGUGGAUCAGCUGACAGCAGAGCUGCAGCGCUACAACCAGCUGAAGACACGAGUCCACCAGUCCACCUUCAAACAAGACCUGAGGAGGAACAUCCAGGCCCACGGCAGCCCCGGUGCAUUCUGGGAGUCUGAGCAGGAGUCUCUGCUGUUUGUGAUCGAGAUGAGGAGCCAGCAGCUGCAGGAGCAGAGCAGGAGGCUGCAGACCAUGGAGCAGCUGGUGGAGAAGAACCUGUCUCUGGAGGCCCAGGUGAUCCAGACCCUGCAGCAGAAGGAGGAGCAGGAGAUCCGGCUGGGCAGGAGUCAGACUCUCCUCCAGCAGCUGUCGAAGGAGCAGCAGGACCUGAAGGGGGCGCUGGAGAGGCAGCUGGUGAUGAACCAGAAGCUUUCUCAGGAAAAAGAGCAGCUGAUGUUCAAACUGAGGCACCGAGACUCGUGUCCGACCAUCCACCUGCCGGCCAUGAUGCAGGAGAUCUCGCCCAGAUGAUCUGGUGGAUCCUGAGACUCUCCGUGUAGAUAGAAACUUUAAUUAUUCACCAGUCGGUCCUGGUUCACCGCUCAGGAGUCUGAACCGGCUUCAAACCGGAUCAACGACCGGAUAACUCCCAUUUUAACUGCAUCUCCACUGGUUCUAAUGCAGCUGAACAACGAGGGAUCCAGAGAUCAGAUCCACGUCAGUUCUGCUGGGACCAGAAGCUGUGAACACACUGUAACGAGCCAGACAACAGUUUGGACCUCAGAUAUCUCCAGAGCUGCCACAACGUCUUCUUUCCUGUUUGUUUGUUGGUAUUUUGUCAAGAGAAGUGGCUGUUUAUGACAGUUUGAACCUCAAUUAUGAAUCAGGCAACGAUAACGGAUCCGUUCGGCAGCAACCUGAGAGUUCGGUCACACCAGAAAGUCUCUUUUCCCUUUCUUAUGAGACACAAAAUCCCCCAAAAAAGACACAAAAUCAGGAAAAAAAGACCCAAAAUCCCCCCAAUAAGACCGCAAAUCCCCCCAAAAAGACACAAAAUCACCAAAAGCCUUGCUGCAGUAAAGCCAGCUAAGGAUUGUGGGUAGUGUAGUACUUCUCCAUGACAUUGCAAAUAAGAUACGGCUGGUUUCUGUGGCUUCUUUAGGAGCAUAAACCUCGGCUGCUAAUGGCCGAUAAUGAACCACCGGAGACAGAAUAUGAACAAGAUUUAACUGCUGAACGUCUCGCCGUCUCCGUGUUUUUUCCGUAUUUUAUCUCGUCAAUAAAACUGGUGAGAUAGUCUGAGUUGGUGAAAGUUGACUGGUCUUCUAUCUUCGUCUCCGUUAACUGGUCCACUGAUCGUGCCGAGGCUUCAGCUGCUGGUGUGACUGUUUGAUAAAGUGCCUCACAGACUCUCACACUGAUGGAUCAUGCAGACAGGAAGCUGGAUCUACUGGAUCCACUGGAUCCACUGGAUCCCAGGCUCACGACAUGAUUUACCUCAAAGCUCUCGAAGGUUCAAACUCCAACUCUCUUUACCUGUUCUACUCCGUGGAAGAAGCAAAACUUCUCCAGUUUCACAGGAAAAAUCAUCAAUCAACUCAAACUUUUGUCUUCCUUUUUGCUCACAAACAGAACUCAGGAAGGUUUCCGAUCCGGUUCCACCACAAACGGACUCUCCUGAAGUCGUACAACUGUUGUUUUCGUGUUCCAGGUAAACUUGGACAAACUUUCUUCAGGUGCUUGACGGUUCAAACCAUCAACGGUUCUUCCAGGAACUUCCGGAUGUUAAAGGUUCCAGAAAGUACAAUCAGUUCUUAAUAUAAAUGGACUUCUGUAACUGCUCCCAUCUGAAGAGGUGUAAAGUUUCCACUUGAGGUUGUUCAGAAGACAAUAAGACGUCAAAAAGCCUCUUAGAAGAUCUUCACAGUCACCUUCAUAAAGGAUUCUCUCAGAUUUCCAUCUGAUCCCAAACUACGACUUUUUUAAAAGUUACUUUUGCUCAAAAUAUUCAUAAUAAAUUCAAUCUUUGUACCUGGACGUCCUGCUGGAGAGUUCAGGAUUCAAACCCGGACUGUUACGACUUUUACCAACUGUGAUUUACUUUCUAAUGCCAAAUGUUUCGUCAGUUUGCUUUUACUCACUUCCUGUUGGCGUGCCUUGUUUUCACGUUUCUGAUUCGUGUCACAGCUUUUUCACGUCUCUUGAUGUUUUUAUCGGCUGACGCACGUCAACGUAGAGUUAACCUUCACUUUCAGAGUCGCGUGUUUCUGUUCAGUUUUCAGGAGCUAAACAAACAAACAAACUGCAUUGAGCCGUUUAUUUUGGUGUCUUGAGUGAGUUUUAUAAGCCUCUGGAACAUUUUCUUUACAUGCAGUGGACUGUUUUCAGUUCCUUCAAUCAAAAAUGACAGCUAGCAAUCAAUUCUAGUGUUGUAGCCUCUUGGCUAUCAAAGUCAGUUGAGUUAAACCUCCAUUUUUUUUAGUGAUCCGCUAAUCUUUCAUAGCUACGGGCAAGUUUUAUCUCCUCUGCAUACUUGUAGAAGAAAUCACAGAAUCCCUGUUAGCUUUCCUGUACUUUAAGGCUAAUGCUAACAUUCAGACUUGCUAAUAUAAUCAUACUUUUUCAAAUUCUACGGUUGGAACUCAGUGGAAGCAUGUUACAUGGUAAAACGACUAAGUUGAGUUUUAUUCAGUUAAAAAGGAUAACUAGCUAAACUAACAUCUGUGUUCUUAGCAUGCUAGCAUCUUAGCUUACCUCAUGAUAACUUGUGUAUUUGGUUUAUCUUUAAAUUUUACCUAAAACUUCAGACAUACCUCAAGAACAAAUGACAGAAUCCCUGUUAGCUUUCCUGUACUUUGAGAUUAAUGCUAACAUGGCAUGCUAACGCUAGUAUUCCAACUUUAUAAAGUAUUAUGUGACGAUCCAGGGCGAAGACAUUGAAAAGAAAUAGAUGUAACAUGCUAACCACCACCAUGUAAACAUCCAUUAGUCAGUAAAGUGUUUGUUAACCUGCUACUGUUGGAAUGUUAGCAUGUUAGCAUUUAGCGCAAAUUACAACACUCAAGAAGUUGUUACAGUAUUUAGCUCCACGUUGUGGGGAAUUUGUUUUACAAUUAUCGUGUUUUAAAAAUGUUUAUCCAUCAAACAAUUUUAUUUCAGUUGUGUAAUAAUUAAAUCAUCAUAGGAGAUGCUAAUGUGGCGCUAAACAUUCAGUGUCAGAAAGUGACUCAGCAGAAUUAAUCCGUGUCCUCUAACAGUUUUGUGAUUUAGUAACUGUUUACUUUUGGGAAGCUAGUUAGCUGGCUAGCUGGUUAACUAACUAAUUAUAUGCUAGUUGGCUGCUAACAGUUUGGCACGAGUUAAAAUAGGUCACAAAGUUAGCUGGGGCGCUAACGGUAUGCUUCAAGUUUCAGCUAACAGGCUAGCAAGCUUGAUAAUCAGAUUAUCACUUUAAACUGAUAAAAGAAAGUGACUCAGCAAAAUUAAUUUGUCCUCGAACAGCUUUGUUCUUUAGUGACAGUUUACUUUUUUGGGGAAAUAGUUAGCCGGUUAACUGACUUAUUAUAUGGUAACUAGCUGCUAACAGUUUUGCGCUAGCAAGCUAAAAUAGCUCAUAGCUGAAAUAGUUGGGUCGCUAACAGUUAGCUUCAAGCUUGAGCUAACAGGCUAGCUAGCUUGGUCACUAGAUUAUCGGCUUAAGCUAAUAAAAUUAAAUUUUAUAUUCAAGGAAAGCAGCUGACAUGAACAUUAAUGACUCAGUUAAUGUGACAGUUUAUGCUUUUGGAUGCGUUCUUUUUUUUUUUUUUUACUAUAAAAUUAGCAAACAUUUAAGCCGUUAGCGACGAGUCAACAAGGAAAGUUUGUGUGAUUUAAUGCAGGUGUGAAUCAUAAACAGCUGUUUACUGUCAGAGGUUUCUUUAAUGUCUAAAACAUAUUUUAAGUUAAACAAUCACAACAAUAAUCACUGUAAACGCCUUUAAAAGCUUCUGUUGCUUCUCAGAGAUGUGAACUUAUUGCCAUGUUGUCUGUUUAGGUUUUUUUAGUAUUUCUGCUUCUCGUUACCGUGACGAUGGAUUUGUGGGAUGUGAUGUUUGAAUUGCCAAAAAAGCAAAACGUGUGUCAGUGUUUUGACGACUCUUUCUCCUUAUGCACGAGCACUUUGACCAGUAAUAUUUACCAGGUUUGUAUAAGAGAGAUUUUUUUCAUGUUGUAUAGUUUUUAAUUUUUUUCUCGGCUUCUUAAAAACUGACUGUGUAAAAACUAAUUUCAUCUUUUCUUGGUUGGAUUUAAAUCCAGCGGUUUAUCCUUUUUGUUUUUGGCUUGACUUAAUAAAAAGCUGCAACUUAAAA